CCAACUAAGAGUGUGAUUGCCAUUGCUCUAAAGCCAAUUGAUUAUUUUAUUAAGCCCAGUGCCUAACAACACGUUGGUGGAAUAGCUAGGUACCUAGGUACUUAAAUUAAACCCAACCUCUUAUUUUAAGCAAGAUCCAGGCUAGCCCCCGCGGUGGCGUCACUUAUUACCCUCAAAUCCGACACGACCUCGGGGUUAGUUACCUACCGUUACAACAAACAUUACAACAACUUUAAGUUCCUAAGUAGUAGAUCCCUAGUCCUUGAGUCAUAUGGGCUAUGGGUAUAACUACUUAGGUAUUUCUCAAGAAAAGAUCAUACUACAAACAAUCUCAUUCAAGUAUCAACAUGCGGCCUUACGGCGUUCCCAAUACGCCAUCAUCAAGCAAGGUUCCACUCAACGGCGUCUUUAGAAACGGUGUUUGGCAAUGCAAUUGCAUUCCUCGCCUCCCCGCGGUUCAAUUUACAGUUAGGAAAAAUACACCUAACAAGGGUCGAGUUUUCUACAUCUGCCAGAAGGAUCGCGACAAGAAAAAUAAAUGCGAUUUCUUUCUAUGGUCCGAAGACGCUCAUGAGCGCGAGAUGGGCGCCGUUUUAUCUAAUAUGCGCAGCGAGGCAGAGGAAUCCCCGAGUCACAGAGCCAAGAGGCAGAGAACCCUUCAUGAGAGUAUAACCCCGGCCACUGAGAAGAGAACCGAGAAGACGCCUGUUACUAGCCUGGCUCAAUUGGAUCGCAUGCUUAACCCCGAGACACCCUCUACUUCCACCCGGAGCUCGACCAUGAAGGCUAACACCAGUUCCGUUAAGGAACCUAUCACCGACCCCUUCAAGGAUGAUGAAGAUGAACUGAUCAGCGUGCUGGAUGCUGCGUCGCAACAGAAUACGCCAUCGGCGUCAGCGGGAUCGAAGAGGAAGCGAUCGGAUGUCGAGGAAUUCAGCGACUUCUCAUCCGGCGAAGAGGAAGAACUUAUCACCAUCGCCAACAAAUCCGCCGCGAAGAGCGAACCUCAGAACAAGCGUCGCAACGCAUUCGAGACCCCCGCAAUGGGAAUGGGUCGUACCUACGCAGUCGACGAUGGCAUGGCGACGCCCCUUACCGAGAAACCCGUUCGCCGUGUACUUUUCGCAGAUCCUGAGAACAAUGCCAACGUCAAGCGAGAGCCUCGCACUGGUGAUAGUUUCACAUCGAUUCCCGCGUCGUCUCUUGCUGCGCAAUCUACACCUACUUCCUCCUCGCAGAUCUCGACACCGUCGUCUUCGCAGCAGUCUUCCGGUGUAACUAUUACCCAGGAAGUGAUGUCCCUUCUUGAGGGGCAGAUACUUGAUGCGCAGGUCUUGCGUACUGUUCGUGGUGUGCUGGAUAAGCACGCUGCGCGCGCUCGAGAUUUGGAGAGGGGACGCGAUGCCUCGCGUGAGGCGGUCAAGAAGGCUGAGGCUCAUGUUGCGACGCUACAGGAGCGUGUUGCGGGUUUGGAGAAUAGUCGGAGGUUGGAUGCUGAGGCUCGGCAGAAGACCAGGAGUGAGAUUAUGAAGUUGUAUCGUGAGAGUUAGGGGUGUUGAGGAAGGGGUUAGUUGUGUUGUCGGUGGCGUAUACACAUAGAGAAAAGGAGAGUGGCAGAGAAAUGUCUUGGUCGCUGGCCAUAAUACGAUACGCGCCUAGGACCUUGUUUUUUGCGGAGUUUGAUGAACCUUCAUGAAAGACUGGCUCGACUGGUCAUGAGAUUACGAGGAUACCCUUUCGGUUUUGAUUUUAGGCAGAGCUCGGGAAAUAGGUCGGCGGCAUAGUCUGAAUUAGGUUACGAGGCGUUGGCAAUACAUAGGUUAUGCACUCUGUUUGGAGUUGUCACAAUGUAAUAAGGGACUUCAUGUAACUAUGUCUAUUUGGACGUUCGUGUCUUAGUGCCUUCAACAGGGUGACUAGUUCUAUAAUAAACCCUCGUAUCGUAUAUCCAAGACA